ACUGCCCCCGGAUCUGAGCCACGGUGGGUCUCGUCUACAGUAACCGCGGCUCUCGCUCUCUCGUCUCCGCGUUUCUCCGCCAGCGUCGCAGCGAGUUACGGAGGUUUUGCUCUUCCAGGACCUUGACGCAUCGCCUCCAUUCAGCCAUUGAAGUGGGGGGAGCAGGGUGCGUGCUGUUGUGGUUUCGGUGCGACCUGUGCGUGAUCUCUCGGGGAAAUGUCGCUGUGUAACUCAGAUUAGGAGCCAUUCUGCGGUGUAAGCUCAAACUAUUGUGUCGGCUGGUGUCGUCGGUGAGGAGCUGGGCCAUCAUCAUGUCUGGAGCUGUCGGAGGAGGAGGUGGAGGCUCCGCCUGUCUGGGCGCAGCAGCGGCAGCCAGUUGCAGCUCCGCCGGCUCUCCCUACGCCGCCGCGGCCGGAGGAGGCGCGGGGGUGGCCGGGAGGCUGCCAGCCCGGGUCCUGGAGCACGUUUUCUCCUACCUGGAGCUGUCCGACCUGAUGCGGUGCGCCCUGGUCUGCUGGCACUGGAACAACAUCCUGGCGGAUGAAAACAGCGAGGUGUGGCGCAGCCUCUGCACCCGGGCUCUGAGCGACGAAGCUCUGCGCUCUGACAUCCUGUGCAACCUGCCCACCUACAAGGGGAAGCUCAAGGCCUUUCAACACGCUCUGAGCUCCCACGACUGCUCCCGCAAUGUUUACGUGAAGAAGAACGGCUUCACCCUGCACCGCAACCCCAUCGCUCAGAGCACGGACGGCGCACGUGGCAAGAUCGGCUUUUCGGAGGGGCGGCACGCCUGGGAGAUCUGGUGGGAAGGCCCCCUUGGCACCGUGGCAGUGAUAGGCAUCGCCACGAAGCGGGCGGCGAUGCAGUGCCAGGGCUACGUGGCCCUGCUGGGCAGCGACGACCAGAGCUGGGGCUGGAACCUGGUCGACAACAACCUCCUCCAUAACGGGGAGGUUAAUGGAAACUUCCCCCAGUGUAACAAUGCACCCAAAUAUCAGAUCGGGGAGAGAAUCCGGGUGAUUCUAGACAUGGACGACAAGACGUUAGCCUUCGAGAGAGGCUUUGAGUUUCUCGGAGUAGCGUUUCGCGGACUGCCCAAAGCCUGCCUGUUCCCCGCUGUCUCUGCAGUGUACGGCAACACCGAAGUCACCAUGGUGUACCUGGGCAAACCUCUGGACGGCUAGAAGCCGAGUAACACGUGCCGGCAAGUGCAGGACUUUUUCGGUCGACAGAGUGCCAACCACGUUUGACGCACCACGUCAGAAGGUCUCGGAGGCAAGGUGGUCUCGUUUCUUCCGGGCAAAAUGAGUCUAUUCACGUACACAAAGACCGAACUGCUGGCAUUUCUACGACAGCUGGACACGAACCCAGAGUCCGCUUUUUGACUUGUCAGACUACAGGGAAAAGGAGGUGCGGGGAGGGUCAUAGACAUGCUUCUGCAUCAACGUGGAAGUGUCCACUUUUACGGUUUAGCUGCUGGACUUUUACUUUUACAGGACAGGGGAACAUAAUUUAAUUUAAGUGAUUCAGACGAACGGUGCUGAACAUUUACGUGAGGUUUUAUGUCUGUUUGAAUGAGGCCAAAACUAUUCUAAACUGGCAGAUACUUUAAGACGUAACUUUAAUGAGAGACACAGUAGUUGUCACGAGAAGCUCUCUGUCGUAUGGGUUAAUGGAAACAGCUCGUUUUGGACUAACACAGGCCAACUGUCAUCAGUGACUGGAUUGUAAUGGUUUUAUGCCAAACCAGUGCGACCUAAUGUUGUGUUUUGAUAAAGGCAAACAGAGGAUGUGGGGACCAACUGUCCAUGUGUCCGUGUGCAUGGACACUGGCAUGUGGACUAAAACAUUCGCCCUUUUUAAAUACUCAUCCAGUAAUGGCGGAAACUAUAGCCGUAUCAUGUUAAUGUGUGUCCUUUUUAAUGUGCUACUGUACUAUUACACACUAUUUAUUGGUUUUAUCUAUGGUACUGUUGAUACUGUAUGAUUAUAAGGCCUGAAAAUAAAGUCUACAUGGUGCCACUCUUAGGAUAAAGA